GUUCUAUUGUUUGAGCUGCUUGCUGAAAAAGACGAGAAAACAGGAGGAAUAGAAGAUAAAGAAAGAAAGAAAGAGAAAGAGAGCGGACUGCCUUAUCCUGGUGAAAACCAAGGAACAACGAUGGACUGUGUUUACAUUAAACAGGAGGAGGUUCUGGAAUUAGUCCCUAUCUGCAUUAAACAGGAGAUGCCUGAACUGGAGCCUGUCCACAUUAAAGAAGAGACUGAACUGGAGCCUGUCCACAUUAAAAAGGAAAAGACUGAACUGGAGCCUGUCCACAUGAAAGAAGAAGAGACUGAACUAGAGCCUGUCCACAUGAAAGAAGAAGAGACUGAACUGGAGCCUGUCCACAUGAAAGAAGAAGAGACUGAACUGGAGCCUGUCCACAUUAAACAAGAAGAGACUGAACUGGAGCCUGUCCACAUGAAAGAAGAGACUGAACUGGAGCCUGUCCACAUUAAAGAGGAAGAGACUGAACUGCAGCCUGUCCACAUGAAAGAAGAGACUGAACUGGAGCCUGUCCACAUUGAAGAGGAGUCUGUUGACUUGUUUAAGGAUUCAGAAAACAUAUACCAGCCAAGGAUAUCACAUCAGUAUACUGAAUGUAGGAAGAGCUUCAUUCGGUUAGGAAGCCUAAAAGCACACCAGCAAAUUCACACUGGAGAGAAGCCUUAUCACUGUAGUGAAUGUGGGGAGAGCUUCACUCAGUUAGGAAGCCUAAAAACACACCACCGAAUUCACACUGGAGAGAAGCCUUAUCACUGUGCUGAAUGUGGGGAGAGUUUCAGUCGGGCAGGAACCCUACAAAGACACCAGCGAAUUCACACUGGAGAGAAGCCGUAUCACUGUAGUGAAUGUGGGGAGAGCUUCAGUCAGUUAGGAAGUCUAAAAGUACACCAGCGAAUUCACACUGGAGAGAAGCCGAAUCACUGUCAUGAAUGUAUGGAGAGCUUCAGUCAGUUAGGAAACCUAAAAAGACACCAACGAAUUCACACUGGAGAGAAACCGUAUCACUGUUUUGAAUGUGGGAAAAGCUUCACUGACAAAGGAACACUAAACAAACACCAGCGAAUUCACACUGGAGAGAAGCCGUAUCACUGUGCUGAAUGCGGAGAGAGCUUCGGUCGCUUAGGCAGCCUAAAGAAACACCAGAGAAUUCACGCCGGAGCCAGCCUCCCCCCCUCCCAGUCCCUCACCUCUCCAUCCUGCUUGUUUGUGUGUGUGGAGAGCUGUCUGAUUCCUUGUGUCUCUCUCACCCUACAGUAAAUGAAGGGAGUCCCCAGGAGUGAGAGCCAGCCUGAAUCCAGAGACACUGAGAAGGGGAGCGUGUCAAACUGAAGGAGACAGACCCAUUCUUUCAGAAUGAACUGGAGAGCCCUGGGAUUCAGCUCCACUCCUGCCCCUGAAUUGGAAAUGAAACUCACUCAUCAUGCUGUGAGGAUUUAGGACAGAGUUACAAUUAUUUGUUUCAGGGAUGGAAAUAAGACUUCAAUUGCAUAGCAGUUUGAUCAGUUUGUUACCUGUACACUGUGGCUAAUCAAGCUGCCAGUGAAACCUGGAAUGGGCAAAACUGCUAUGCAAUAGGAGUCUUAUUUCCAUCCCUGCUUUGUUUUAUUUCAAGUGGUGCAAACUUUACACUGGAGCAAAAGCUGUUUUAGUUUUGAAUGGAUUUGAAUGAAUGAAUCUGCUCUGCUUAGUGUUUAAAUACUGAGAAACUCCAAGCUUGUUGUAUACUGGAGUCCUGUUUCAGUGCAAUGGGAUUGAAAUACAAUUCCUAUCGUUUUAAUGGGUAGAUUGCUGUGUGUGCAAUUAUUAUGACAGACCCACAAUAUUAGAACUGUAUAAAUACACUGUAAACCAUGAAAGGUUUGCAAACAAAUUUUGCAUGCAUUACUAAUCUGCAAAAACAUACAUGCUGCAACAUUACCAUUAUUACUACAUUCAUAGUUUGUAAAGUUUAUGAAUAAUUGAUCUAAACAAUCUGCAGGAUGAAGUUGCCUCAGACUGGUUGACAGUAACAGAGCUGGUGCUUUUGUGGAAUCACCAUUAGCUGUUUAUUCCUUUUGGGCAAAAUAUGUCUAGUUUGCUUGUAUUUUGUAGCAGUAUGAUAUCAUUAGAGUGGCAAUGCAGUACAUUCUAAGGCAGGCUUCGUUAUUUAUAAAGGAUUUCAUUGACAUUGAGUUUGAGUUCCUGUAUGUUUUCCAGUAUCUGUGUGUAUAAAGGGCACAUUAUUAUGUUUCCAUUACCUCUGUAUGUAAAAGGUUUGUCAUUGUUUAAACUGUCAAUGAUUCCUGAGAUAGAUCUGCAGUGGAACUGAACAAACCCAAGGGAGACAUUGAAAAAUACAAGCUUGUCAAAGGGGGAGAUGCUGCUGCAGGUUUGAUCAUACUGGCUUCAUGAAAUGAGAAAUGGAAUUCCUUUGCUAGUGUAUCAUGAUGUAAGCCCUGGAGUGUGGGCUCAGUCUUCAUGAAAUGAGAAAUGGGAUUCCUUUGCUAGUGUCUCAUGAUGUAAGCCCUGGAGUGUGGGCUCAGUCUUCAUGAAAUGAGAAAUGGAAUUCCUUUGCUAGUGUAUCAUGAUGUAAGCUCUGGAGUGUGGGCUCAGUCUUCAUGAAAUGAGAAAUGGAAUUCCUUUGCUAGUGUCUCAUGAUGUAAGCCCUGGAGUGUGGGCUCAGUCUUCAUGAAAUGAGAAAUGGAAUUCCUUUGCUAGUGUAUCAUGAUGUAAGCCCUGGAGUGUGGGCUCAGUCUUCAUGAAAUGAGAAAUGGAAUUCCUUUGCUAGUGUAUCAUGAUGUAAGCCCUGGAGUGUGGGCUCAGUCUUCAUGAAAUGAGAAAUGGAAUUCCUUUGCUAGUGUCUCAUGAUGUAAGCCCUGGAGUGUGGGCUCAGUCUUCAUGAAAUGAGAAAUGGAAUUCCUUUGCUAGUGUAUCAUGAUGUAAGCCCUGGAGUGUGGGCUCAGUCUUCAUGAAAUGAGAAAUGGAAUUCCUUUGCUAGUGUCUCAUGAUGUAAGCCCUGGAGUGUGGGCUCAGUCUUCAUGAAAUGAGAAAUGGAAUUCCUUUGCUAGUGUCUCAUGAUGUAAGCCCUGGAGUGUGGGCUCAGUCUUCAUGAAAUGAGAAAUGGAAUUCCUUUGCUAGUGUAUCAUGAUUUAAGCCCUGGAGUGUGGGCUCAGUCUUCAUGAAAUGUGAAAUGGAAUUCCUUUGCUAGUGUCUCAUGAUGUAAGCCCUGGAGUGUGGGCUCAGUCUUCAUGAAAUGAGAAAUGGAAUUCCUUUGCUAGUGUCUCAUGAUGUAAGCCCUGGAGUGUGGGCUCAGUCUUCAUGAAAUGAGAAAUGGAAUUCCUUUGCUAGUGUAUCAUGAUGUAAGCCCUGGAGUGUGGCUCAGUCUUCAUGAAAUGAGAAAUGGAAUUCCUUUGCUAGUGUAUCAUGAUGUAAGCCCUGGAGUGUGGGCUCAGUCUUCAUGAAAUGAGAAAUGGAAUUCCUUUGCUAGUGUCUCAUGAUGUAAGCCCUGGAGUGU